UCUCUGGUGAAAAGUCAGCGCCUUCUUUUGUCUUUUCUCUCUCUCAACAAAGGGCAUACACUGCAGAGUUUGUCUCCAUGGCCGAAGAUUGGGAUCUACAUGCGGUGGUCAGAGGUUGCUCCACCGUCACAUCAUCCUCCGUGUCGUCUUCUUCUUCCUCCUCCUCUGGUUUUGCCUCUUGUUACUUCCACCCUGAAGGAGUUUCCUCCUCCUCCUCUUCUUCUGGCUUUUCCAUCUUCAGAGGUGAACAAGGAAGCCAGGUUCUGUCGCUUUCUGCGUACCCCUUUGAGGCAAGGAGCCCCAUUGAGGAGCUGCAUGAGCUUUGCAGGCCUUUCUUCUGCAAAUCUCAGCCUCUCUCGUUGCAAGCCUCUUCCCCCUUGUCCUCACUCUCUUCCUAUUCUUCUGCGCCUCCCAAAACGGUUUCAUCUCAAGAGAAGCAACAACAACAGCGAAACAAGCAGCCGCUCUCUGUCACCACCCCACGAUCUAAAAGAAGGAAGAACCAGCUUAAGAAAGUUUGUCAAGUGCCUUUUGAAAAUCUCUCCUCGGACAUAUGGGCAUGGAGGAAAUAUGGCCAGAAACCCAUAAAGGGGUCUCCUUAUCCAAGGGGGUACUACAGAUGUAGCAGCUCAAAGGGGUGUUUGGCAAGGAAACAGGUUGAGAGGAACAGAUCAGACCCAACCAUGUUCAUAGUGACUUACACUGCCGAGCACAACCAUCCUGCUCCUACUCACAGAAACUCCCUUGCUGGCUCCACACGCCAGAAGCCACUGGCCCCUCAAACUGCCACCACCGAACAAGACUCUGACAAGAUCAAGAGCCUCACAAAACCCUCCUCCCCUGCCACCUCAGGGGCAGAGGAAGAGGUUCCAGCACAAGUGGAAAAGUCUGAGAGCAGAGAAGAGAAAGAGGAUGUGAUGGAUGAUGAGGAAGAAGAUGAUUUUGUUUUGUCUGACAUGGUGCUAACAGAUGAUUUCUUUGAGAGCUUGGAUGAGCUGAGUCAGCUCACUGCCCCUUCUGUUGUCACAGGAGACUGCUUCAGUGACCCCUUUUCAGCUAUGGCAAUCCCUUCUUGGGUGGCCAGUGGUGCUGCUACUGCCGGUGGAUGCAUAUGAUUCUUUUGGUGACAAUUGUUUCAUGCUUUUCAUUGAUGACAAUAGGGACCUUUUUUUAUCUUUGUUUUUUGUUCUUAGAGGAAAUGGAACGUUUUGGAGGAAUCUUUACUAACAAUGGUUCGUGAAGGGGAGGAAAAAUUUUCCCGAGUAGAGAGUAGUAAGGUAGAUCAAGCAUUUGUAUCUAUCUCUUUUAAUCUUACCAUCAUCAGAGAUUCAUAGUUUUAUGCAUUACCUAUGUUAAUGUAAAAACAGUUCUAGUUUUUGUUGUUGUAUGGGUAUGGUCCUUGAGUUGUGAUUGAGUUCAAUGUAUUUGAAUUUUGACAUUGGUUGUGGUAUAAAUUGGAAAAGCACUUUUGGGUUGA